AUGGGUCACGCUUUCAAUUUUCUCACGGCAUACUACCAUCAGUUUGAAGAUUUUCUAGAACCCAUUCUCAACCUGAAAGGUCACUUCAGUCAUCAUGGUCACUUGUGUUUGGUGUUCGAGCUACUCUCCUACAACCUUUACGAUCUCCUUGGGAAUACAAACUAUCGUGGGGUGUCACUUAAUUUGACACGAAAAUUCGCACAACAAUUGUGUGCGGCGCUUGUCUUUCUAUCCCGUCCAGAUGUGCAAGUAAUUCACUGCGACCUAAAGCCGGAGAAUAUUCUCCUUGUCAAUCCCAAACGAUCCGCUAUCAAAGUGAUCGAUUUCGGUAGUUCCUGCCACGUGAGCGAAAAGGUCUACCAGUACAUCCAAUCACGUUUUUAUCGGUCGCCCGAGGUCCUUCUUAACUUGGACUACGAUCUGGGAAUUGACAUGUGGUCACUGGGUUGCAUUCUGGUGGAAAUGCAUACCGGUGAGCCACUGUUUUCUGGUUCAAAUGAGUGUAACUUUGCCGGCGUGGAAGCACGACCGUUGCGAAUAGUUGUUGGUGCAGACACCGGAGGUCCGCACGGUCGACGAAAGGACGAACCAGGCCAUGCUCCAGAAGACUACGAUAAAUUCAUCGAUCUGGUGCAGCGCAUGCUGGUGUACGAUCCGCGGCAUAGAAUUCGUCCAGAAGAAGCCUUGGCUCACCGUUUUUUUAUGAGGAAAGACGAAGUGGCCCCUCAAUCCAACUCACAUCUAGUCAGUUCCCAUCCGGCUCCCGCCACUACUGGUUCCAAUGGUGGUGCUCCAAUAAUUGCCACAGUUCAGGGGAUUUGCGUGGCAAAUAAUACUUGUCCAGCUGGCCACCCUGCCGCUGCAGUACCCAUCAGUAAAACAUCACCGAGUUUCUGCGACAAGGGAUCCGCCACUACUGCCACAUCGGUCUCCAUGGAUCAAGAAAUGGCACCGUCCUACCUAACGUUUGCGCCGAAUCAGGAUCCGAAAUCUAUCGUCAACAAUUCUCCUUCCACCAGUGUAUCAGUCCCCGUUCUCGAGGCUACUGUUCCCCAGACGACCAAUGUGGAUAGAUGA